AUGGAACAGAAGCGCAUGUUGUUGUCUGCUUUGAGUGUGGGAGUUGGGGUCGGCAUGGGGCUAGGAUUGGCAUCUGGACAAAAAGUGAGUAGGUGGGCUGGUGGAAAUGGUUCGGUAGAUGGUGUCACAGCUGAGCAGAUUGAGCAAGAGUUGAUGAAGCAGGUUGUUGAUGGAAGAGAUAGCAAGGUCACAUUUGACGAGUUCCCUUAUUAUCUCAGUGAGAAAAUUCGGAUGUUAUUAACAAAUGCGGCAUUGGUUCAUUUAAAGCAUGCUGACUUUUCCAAGCAUACACGGAACCUUUCUCCUGCUAGUAGAGUGAUUUUGCUCACAGGACCUGCUGAGUUUUAUCAUCAAAGGCUUGCAAAGGCUUUGGCACAUAAAUUCGAAUCAAAGUUGCUGUUGUUGGAUGUUAAUGACUUCUCCGUAAAGAUGCAAAGCAAAUAUGGAUGCAGUAAAAAAGAAUCUUCUUUCAAAAGUUCCAUUUCUGGGGUUACACUGGAACGAAUGUCCUCUUUGUUUGGUUCUUUCUCGAUCCUUUCAUCAAAUGAAGAAACGAGGGUUAUGGAAGGGUCUAAAAAUCCUCCCAAACUUCGUAGGAACUCCUCCACUGCAUCUGAUAUAAGUAGCAUUGCUUCUCAAUCCCCUUCUACAAAUCCAGCUCCUCUCAAGCACGCAAGCAGUUGGUGUUUUGAUGAGAAACACUUUCUGCAAUCACUUUAUCAGGUGUUGGUUUCAGUAUCACAAAGAAGUUCCAUCAUUUUAUACCUUAGGGAUGCUGAGAAGCUUCUUCUUCAAUCACAAAGGAUGUACAACUUGUUCGAUAAGAUGUUAGAGAAAUUAUCAGGCAAUGUGUUGAUACUUGGUUCCCGGACGUUGGAACUAGACGAUGAUUGCAAUGAAGUGGAUGAGAGGCUCGCUAAGUUAUUUCCAUACAACAUUGAGAUCAAACCACCAGAAGAUGAGACCCAUCUUGUCAGCUGGAAAGCCCAACUGGAAGAGGACAUGAAGAAGAUUCAGUUUCAAGAUAACAAAAACCACGUUGCUGAGGUGCUGGCGGCAAAUGAUAUCGAAUGUGAUGAUUUGAGUUCUAUUUGCCAUGCAGACACAAUGGUUCUUAGCGAUUACAUUGAAGAAAUCGUGGUAUCAGCAAUAUCAUAUCAUCUGAUGAAUAAUAAGGAUCCGGAAUACCGAAAUGGAAAGCUUUUUAUAUCAUCUAAGAGCUUGUCACAUGGAUUGAGUAUAUUCCAAGAAGGUAAAAGUGACGCAAAAGAUACUUUAAAACUAGAGGCUAAUGCUGAAGCUGGCAAGGAAACUGAAGGGAAAGAGAGUGUUGGUGCAAAGAAUGAUGUUAAAAGUGAAAUAGAGAAAUCUGUUACUGGAGCGAAGAAGGACAGCGAGAAUCAACCUAAAGCACCGGAAGUUCUUCCUGACAAUGAGUUUGAGAAACGAAUCAGACCAGAGGUUAUUCCUGCAAAUGAGAUUGGAGUAACAUUUGCAGAUAUUGGUGCUUUGGAUGAAACCAAAGAAUCACUUCAGGAGCUUGUCAUGCUGCCCCUUCGGAGGCCGGACCUCUUCAAUGGUGGGCUUCUCAAGCCCUGUAGAGGUAUAUUGCUGUUUGGUCCUCCUGGAACAGGAAAAACAAUGCUGGCAAAAGCCAUAGCCAAAGAAGCUGGAGCAAGUUUCAUAAAUGUCUCCAUGUCCACCAUUACUUCAAAAUGGUUCGGUGAAGAUGAGAAGAAUGUUCGAGCUCUGUUCACACUUGCUGCGAAGGUUUCCCCAACUAUCAUAUUUGUGGAUGAGGUUGAUAGCAUGCUAGGGCAGCGGACCAGAAUUGGUGAGCAUGAGGCCAUGCGGAAGAUUAAGAAUGAGUUUAUGGCUCACUGGGAUGGUCUGUUGACAAAACCUGGUGAGCGUAUUCUUGUCCUUGCAGCAACCAACAGGCCAUUUGACCUUGAUGAAGCAAUUAUUAGGCGGUUUGAGCGCAGAAUUAUGGUCGGUCUUCCAUCUAUUGAGAGCAGGGAAAGGAUUUUGAAAACUCUCAUGUCGAAAGAAAAAACAGAAGAUUUAGACUUCAAAGAGCUUGCAACUAUGACAGAAGGAUAUACUGGAAGUGAUCUUAAGAACUUGUGUGUCACAGCAGCAUAUCGACCAGUUAGAGAGCUUUUACAGCAGGAGCGAGUGAAGGAGAAGGCAAAGAAGCAGAAAGCUGAAGAAAGCACAAGCUCAGAAGAUGCUGCGAAUACGAAGGAAGAAGGGAAAGAGGAAAACGUAAUCAUUCUGAGGCCUUUGAACAUGGAUGAUAUGAGACAGGCAAAGAAUCAGGUUGCUUCAAGUUUCGCAACUGAGGGUUCAGUGAUGAAUGAGCUAAAGCAAUGGAACGAGUUGUAUGGCGAAGGGGGUUCAAGGAAGAAGCAGCAGUUAACUUACUUCCUCUAG